UAAUCAUGGAUGAAAAUUCCUUUCUUCACACUAGAUAUAGUUCUUUAACUAGUUAAAAAUGCAUGCGAUGGAAUAUUACUAAAUAUGAUAUAAUCUCAUGGCUUUAUGUAAGAUUUGUUUUUUGGUUUUUUUGGUUGUUGUUAAUAAAUUUAUUAUUGAGAAGUUUAAUUCUAUUUUGGUCACAAUAUAUUGAAAUAUUUUUAAGAAACUAAAAAGUUCCUAUUUAUUUUUGUUUUCAUUAAUUUAUGAGAGGCUAUUAAAGUCACAGAAACUUAUUGGGUGAAUGAGUUUAUAAACACAUGAGCUAUUGAGCUAGUAGCCUCUUGUACUCUUCCAUUUUACGCGCAAUCCACGCACCAACAAAAAGAAAAGAAAAGAAGAGAUAAAGAAUAUCUUUAAAAAGUAAGUGUGGAGAAUUCUUUCUUCUCAAUAAACAACAACAUGUCGUCGAGCAAUGAAAAUGCUAAGGCACAAGCGCCGGAGAAAUCUGACUUUACCCGGAGAUGUAGUUUGCUCAGCCGUUACUUGAAGGAGAAGGGUAGUUUCGGAAACAUUGAUCUUGGCUUAUACCGAAAACCCGAUUCCAGUCUCGCGUUGCCCGGAAAAUUCGAUCCACCAGGUACUUUUAUUAUCUCUUUCUUCUUUCAUGGCCGCCACUUGGUAAUAGUACUUUAAAAACUCAGUUCUGUUACUACUUGCUUUUGCCAGAUUUACUACUUUUGUAUUGUUUCUUCAUUUGUAAGUCAGUUCCUUACUUCAGAAAUAAUUUCUCCUUGUAAUUAUGAAGACAAGUAACAAAAAUAACGAAUAAGUUGAUAUAGAAAUUGAUUGAGAUGUGGUUAAUAAAAUUCCAAAGAUAUAAGAUGCUAUAUCAUUUUUCUAAAGUUAUUAUAGUUCACGAAAGUUUUUAUUCUCUUUAUGCAGGGAAACAAAAUGCGAUGCAUAAGGCAGGGCAUUCCAAAGGCGAACCCUCUACCUCAUCAGGAGGCAAAGUCAAAGAUGUUGCUGACCUCAGUGAAUCACAGCCAGGAAGUUCGCAGCUGACCAUAUUCUUCGGAGGGAAAGUUUUAGUAUAUAAUGAGUUCCCCGUAGACAAAGCUAAAGAGAUUAUGGAAGUAGCAAAACAAGCCAAGCCUGUGACUGAGAUUAACAUUCAGACACCAAUCAAUGACGAAAACAACAACAACAAGAGCAGCAUGGUUCUUCCUGAUCUCAAUGAGCCUACUGAUAAUAAUCACCUAACAAAGGAACAACAACAGCAACAAGAACAAAAUCAGAUCGUGGAACGUAUAGCACGUAGAGCUUCCCUCCAUCGAUUCUUUGCUAAACGGAAAGACAGAGCUGUGGCUAGGGCUCCGUACCAAGUUAACCAAAACGCAGGUCAUCAUCGUUAUCCUCCCAAGCCAGAGAUUGUAACCGGUCAACCACUAGAGGCAGGACAGUCGUCACAAAGACCGCCGGAUAACGCCAUUGGUCAAACCAUGGCCCAUAUCAAAUCAGACGGUGAUAAAGAUGAUAUUAUGAAGAUUGAAGAAGGCCAAAGUUCGAAAGAUCUCGAUCUAAGGCUAUAGUAAUAUUUGCUAAAUUUCUUGUAGGAACUGAGUUUUUAGAUUAACGUUUCGAUUUUUCUGACUUAUCUAAGUGAUUUUAUUUUGCUUUGUACUACAGUAUGUAAUCUUAUUCUAACUUGAAUAUUCAUUCAUAAACACAAUAGACGAUAGUAAAGUUAUAUUAUAAUUAGUUAACUACGUACAACACUUGGGAGUUAAAUUACAUAACGUUAAGCGAGAAAUAGCAAAUUAGACAAGAGGAAGAAUAUUUAGGAGUUGUGAAUUGAUCUGACUGCAAUAACAUGAAGAGGAAUCUGACUGCAAUCGUAAUGCGGGUAAAGAUGGUUGAAAGUGAUCAGAGCUCCUUUCUAAUUUAUUUAGGGUGUAAUUUAUGAAAAUGAUUAUUAUUGGAGUGUAUAUCAAGUUUUCACUAAACUCAGGGGUGUUUAUUGUAAUUAGUUGUCAGGUUCAAGUUCAUUGAAGGCGUGUCUGAUUUGGACAGUGAUUGGGCCUGAGCCAU